CGUUUGACAAUAAAUAUUUCGUGAGCAAAUCAAUAUUUUGCAGAGUUUCAGUCUAAGAAUGUUGUAAGCACAGUUAUGAAUCGAGAAAUAUAUUUAAGAGUCAGUGUUCUUGUUAUGUACGUUUGAAGGUUUUGCACAGACGUUUCUGCACAGAAAAAAAACCGCGGAACGAAUGCGUCGUCGUUAUUUUGGCCUAAGUUUUAAGAAUGGCGUCGUUUGAUCCAAGAGAAUGGAUAAAGAAGGAGGACCCCCCUGUCCAUGCUGAAAAGCUUCCGAUCGCAAGGCUAGAACCAACACUUAGAAAAUUUAUACAAGUUGCACUACCCACAGACCUAGAACGAUUAAGAAGACAUCAAGUAAAUAUUGAGAAGUAUGUUUUUGCUAAACGUUGGAAAGAGCUGAAUAUCGAGCAGAUAAAUGCUUCAAGGACAGUACAGCAACUCAAAGCAAACAUGAGGGAGCUGGAUAAAACUCGGCAUCAAAUCAAGGUUGAAGACUUGCCAGCCUUCGAGAAGAAAAUUGCACCAAUAAAACGAGAAGCUACAGAUGCAAUUAGUUCCUUCGGUGAUUUGCAAGCUAUUUUAAAAGAAAGACGGAAAAAUGACAACUGUCAAGGUGAAGAUGUUAUUAUCGGAGCUGCGUCAUCAGAAAUCCACUCGCUGUCGCAGACAGUGUCAAAGGCAGAUGAAGCAGCUGCCAGUGCAUCAUGGGACGAACUCAGAGAAAGUCUAGUGGAUCUCAACUGCAUCAUUCACCAGUUUUCUGACAUUGUUAUUCAACAACAAGAAAAGGUGGAUUCGAUUUCUGAUAAUAUCGAAAAAUCACACAGUAACGUGAGAGAGGCAGUUUGGAAUCUAGGACAGGCCAGUAAGCUGAAAGCAGCCAUGGUUCCAUUAGCUGGAGCUGUUGUUGGUGGACUAAUUGGAGGUCCAAUCGGGUUGAUAGCAGGUUUUAAAGUUGCUGGUGUUGCUGUAGCCACUGUUGGUGGAGGUGUUGUUGGAUUUCAGGGUGGCAAGAUGCUGAAGAACAAACGAAACGAAAAAGUGGAAAUGGAACUUGAGAAGCUGAGUGAUCGAAGCGUACCCCUGAAAUCAUUAAAAGAUAAGACCGCGUAGCUCCCUGGUUUAGGGUUUGUUUCUGUCAACUUUUUAAGGUUGCCUGUUGCCUAAAGGCUAGCAUUACAGUUCAAUCCCCUGAACGUAUCUGAUUAUGUGGUAUCAUCACAGUGAAAUGUAUUGGCCUUCUGUGUUUAAGGCAAGGCAAGUUCCUACAGCUUACUUCUAUUAAAAUUAAGCAAUUAUUGUUAAAAUAUUUAUUUAUGUUUAUUAAAGACUCUGUUAAAGUUAAGAGCCAGAGGGAACCUAGAGAGAAAAAAGGUUUUAAGUGCUUGAACCUGUCCAACCCCUUAUUGUUGUAGAGAUUGUUCUCAGCAAGCUUUUUUCUUAGGCUUGCCAAGGGUUUUAUUGGAGCGUUCUCAGGCGUCUACAUGAAAUAUGGUGAUGUUUCCAAGCAAAUGUCUUUGAAACGAAUGCAUUUCAUUAUAAACUAAGGAUUCUCUCUACUUGUCUGUAGAAUAUUUCCAGGCAUUUUAUAAAAUAAUCCAGGAAAACCCACCUGUCUAAUGAUAUUGAUAAUUUAUCCCUUUUUCUGGACACAAAGAUAGAUGAAAAAAUUUGGUGUUUCGUUUCAGGAUUGUGAAUUUGCUAGUGACGACUAACAUUUGUUUCAGGUUUUUAAGAUGUAAGCUAUGAUCCUGUAAAUAAACAUCAAAGAUAGAGUAACGAUGUCAAAAAUGACUGUUAUUGCUACUAAAUUUUAAAGAAAACAUCGCAAAAUGCAUAAAAUCUGUACUUAUUGCUUGGUGCCGCUGGAAGUACUUCUAAGUUUAAAAUUUAAUCUUUUUGUGUCUGUUUUUGUCUUGAUAUUCGAUGUUCUAUAUGCAAAUAUUAAUCGGCUACAAAUUUUUAUGGAAGUGAUAAAUUAUAUGAUAGCUUGGUUUCAAA